ACACGCCGAAGACAUUGCCGUUAAUUAGCAGUUAAACAGACAUAACAUGUAUAUAAAACAGGUGAUCAUAAACGGGUUUCGGUCAUAUCGGGAGCAAACGGUGGUCGAGCCGUUCAGCGCGCGUCACAAUGUGAUUGUCGGCCGCAACGGUUCCGGAAAGAGUAACUUCUUUUACGCGAUUCAGUUCGUGCUGUCGGACGAGUUCUCGCACUUGAGGCCCGACCAGAGGCAGCAACUGCUCCACGAGGGUCCGGGACAGCGCACAAUGAUUGCGUACGUGGAGAUCAUUUUCGACAACUCGGACAACCGGCUGCCCAUCGAUGAGGUGGCGGUCACUUUGCGGCGACAGAUCGGCCUCAAGAAGGAUCAGUACUAUCUGAAUAAGAAGAUCGUCACGCGUUCCGAUGUGAUGAAUGUGUUGGAAAGCGCCGGCUUUUCGCGCAGUAAUCCCUACUAU